AUGGUUGAAACUCGGACCUCUGCACAAGCGCCUCCACAUCCACCCAUCCAUUCGGAGCCGAGUCGACAUUCACCUCCAACCUCUCCCAGUCCUGAACCAACACCAGACGAAAACGACCUCAUUCCUGCAGAAAUACUGACAGAUUGGGUACGUGUCAAGUCACAUCCUUACAUCGGUGACCUAUAUAAGGUUCCCUAUCAUCACCUGGUGCCUGCUGACGCAGUGGGACAGGUUUAUGUGCUGGUCACAAGUCUCACUAAAGGGAACUUUCGGAAGCUUCAGCGGAUGGAGAGUUCAUUCAAGGCUCCAGCAACGGCCGGUGACCUACCCGACUAUUUUCAUUUCCUCGAUCCACUCACUGACAAAGGAGUCAUCUUGCGAGACCGGUAUGGCAAUGGAUCUGAAGAUCGCUGGGUCACGUACUGUAACGGCCCCAAUAAUUAUGGGGUCGACUUGUUCGCUAGAGCGCAGAAACUAACAACGGACAUUACGGGUCCAUUGCAUGCUGUUGAACCAGGGCCAAAAGGAACUGCAUUUGAGAGACAAGGUCGUGCUAUACGACUGGUCACUGGUCCCCGAUGCUACUCUUUGGGCGUAAUGGACCAGACGCAACGGUCUCUUGAAGCUCCGGCAGCCAGGGGGAAAGUCUUCAAUCAUGACAUGGCAGAUCCUGCCUUGCGAACGCAUACCGAUAUCUUAGGUCUAGGGGCAGAGUUGUCUGUGCAGGGUAUCAAACGAUUUGAACCUGAGAUCUAUGCCAAGCAUGCUGUCCAGUCUGAGCUCGUCAAUGCUCCUCGCGUCGGCAAUGAUUCCAAUGUCAUGUUUGCUCGUGCACAGCUCAACCUGGCCACACCAAACGACAAGGACUGUGAAGAAGGCGAUCAGCUUUUUGAGGUAGGGGAGUCCAGCUCAGAUGAAUCAAAUGCAUCCCCUUCUGAGGACGACCGGAGGGCGGCACCUCCCAUCCUCCCAUCUGACCAGGAUUCAUCCACAGACUUGGAAUCAAGUGAACGCCUGUCGAUUACUCGACGUAGCAAGCGCCUUCGAAAAGGUAAGGCUAUCCUUGUAAGUCAGGGAGGGGCAGUUAGGAAAGCGGCAGCAAAACCCGCCAAGAAGGGGUUGGCAAAGAGCUUGGGUCGGUUUGGCGCACCUCAUAAUGAUCCUAGGGACAGCCCCACCAUGAAAUCAGCAUUGACAUCGCUUUCGCCGAGUCGCCGCGAUGUAGAACCAGACUACUUCCUCAUCGUUGAGAUUGGCAUCGCCUGGCGUGUGCGUGCCUACACCACAACAUUUUUCUCUGGACUGUAUCUACACACUGGAAUGCCUCCCCAAUAUGUUACCAGUGGUAAAAAAGAGGGCUCCGCUGAACACGUCCAGAUCAACUUAGUUAUGUAUCCAGCACGAGCCCAGUUGGAAGGCACCUCCUCACAGGCACUGUUUGCUCUACCAAAGCCUGUGAUAAACAACCUCGCUGUUGUUACACAAGAAAUGAGAAAGCCUUGGGUGACGACCACUGGAAAUGUCUUUUGCAAUUCAACCACACUUUCCACUGAUGGAGCUGCAUACAUGGAACCAGAAUCCUUGUUGCGUCAAGUCAGUCGGUCCAUGUAUCACUAUGCGUUGGCUAUUUUGCAACAAUCCCAAGUACAACUGCUUCUACGUAUCGAUCAUGAGAUGUUCCUGAAGUCUAUCAGCUUCUGGAUUGGCAACGAACGUGUGGCUGCCGAUUCAAACUGGACUUAUGGUCCAUGCUGGUCAGGGGAGGACGUCACUCCGGGUAUCAAAGCAGCUUACAGUGACGACCGCUUGCCAACAACACCAGAGGGCUGGGCGGCUCUAUUCAAUUCUGAUACGCCAACGGACGUUCCUUUUGGUAACCAGAACAUACCUCGAGCAGUUAAUGAGUGGGAGGAUUUGAAGCGUGAGGUUGGUUCUACAAUUCCAUACUGGGCACUGAAAGCACAUAAAGCAGCGUCUGAGCAGGAAAGCGCUCAGGGUAUUGUUGCAAAGGGUGGUCAAAGGAAGGGAAAGAAGAAGGUUGUAGAAGCGCUAGACAUUAAUAUCGCCUAUGCCAGAGGACGUCCAACUUCAAAGAUAUCGACAUCUCGUCGCAAGCCUUGGACCAGAAAGCCAGCCUGUGAACAUGAAGAUGCAGAUGGUCAGGGAGACAAAGAAGCGGGGUUAGAUGGUGGGAGUGAAGAAGGCAGACAUGGUGAGGAUAAUGCAGGGCCAAGCGGAAAUUAUGUUGGUGAUGGAGACAAUGAAAACAUACUGGGCGAAGACCAGGAAGGCAUGGAGGGUGAGGCCAGGAUAACGGGUGGGAAUGAACACGGUACUGAUGGGGGGGGUUCAUACAACACAAAUGGGGACACCGUUCAUCUUGAAGGGGGUGGUGAGGAGGGUGCUGCGAUGGAUGUCGAUCACAAUCACAGUAUAAGGAAUGGGGGGCAUUGUGCUGGGGAUCUUCUGCCUCUGUAUCGUGAUGAGCCAGACCACACCAAUACUGUCUGCAUAUCGGCCCACACCCAGAAUGUCUUGAUGGGACGCAGUGAACCUCAGCAGUUAUCUGCCCUCGCACCAACGGUUCCCACCUAUCCUCUUCCCUAUGCAAAUUUCCCGUGCAAUACAUUCGUUGAGUGCUUGUCGCCUGUGCUACUGCAGCGCGAACUUGACAAUAAGGUACACCUUACUUCACAACUGCCACAACAAUUUCCUCGUACUCUUGAGGAAUGUCUACCAAGGCCAGAUGCGUCUAUCACUACAUGGACUGCGUCUUAUCAUUCACUCCUCAGCCUUGAUGUUCACGUCCAGCUCACACAGAACAUCAUCCAUUUAAGUGUGAUGCUCAUCAAUUUGAUGAUCUGUGAGUGGAUCUCUGAUACAAUCAGAGGUCUCUUUCAGCCUGGUUCGGGUUUCAAUCGCCUGUACCAGCGACUUAAACUCUGGGUGGAGACUCAGACAGGGCCUGUGGUCUUGGAUCCAAGUGAUUACUUUCCAGAUCUAGUUUUUGGUGCAGAAGGUGGAGGGCAAGUUGAUCUGCGACACCUUCAUCCUCAGACUACAUGCUAUGCACUUGCUGCUAACCACUUGGCCAUUAGAGUUCUUCUCCGUUGGAUUUGUUGGCCCACAGCUUCAUACCGUGUCUCCAUGCAUCGUGCACACUUCACUCGCCUUCUCCUAAACCAUAUCGGCCCCUUAGUCCUCUGGCUGGAAGGAACCUACCAUGCAUGGACAAAGCUAGACAUUGUCAAUGCACCUGUUACAAUGCAGUCCUUGUCCACUUGGGCACAAUCUGUACUGGCUUCACAUAACAUUUGCCUGAAAACUUCACAGGAAAACAUUCUUCUGCAAAAAAUAGACAUGGUAAUGUCUUCACGUGCUCUGGGUUCCACCACCUACAACUAUCCAGUACAAGGAUUACUUGUCAGCAUGGGCAAGUCCUUGGGGCGAGUUGACACCUUAGAUCGCGAAGAUCUGUAUGGUGCCACUGACACAAUCAUAGGCAAGUUGAGCCUGGAUCGUUACUACUGCAAGUUACGUGCACUCCUUCCAUUGACAUUGCCCCCUUAUCUUGGGAUCGUCCAACUCAUGACGGUGGUUGAAGACCAACCCUCUUUGGAGUGGGUCCAAUUUGUGCAGUAUGUUGUACAAGAUGCAGACAAACGCCUACCUUUCCGUGACCUGGCCCCUUCACGCAAGCAUAUCCUUUCCUACUCCUCCACAUUUUCUAGCCCAUAUCGAGUGCCACAUCUACGGACUAAGGAAGGAUUUUUCAGUGCAUUGAUUUAUCGGGGCAUCACACACAAUACUCAAUUUCUCUUGUCCAAGGAGUAUCCCAGAGUCUUCCAUGAUCUGGAACACUGGCUUGCAGUGUAUAUCCCAUUACAAGCACUACACUCCAAGCAGUACUUUUGUAAUAUGCAAGCAUAUUUCACCCCAUGCCCAUCACGCUCAGUGGAUAAUGUCACCAGAUAUUGGCAAGCAGCUCAGCGUCAUGAUCUUACCCAAUGGCUCACUGGGACUCAAAUGGCCUUUGGUACUGUGUAUCGUUUGCUGCACAAAGGAACAAUUCCUGCUGGAGUAAGGGGCCAGCGUCAUGUCAACGCAUUUCCAGGAAUGGGAUCCCUUUCCAUCUAUCUCCUGUGUGCUGAUUAUGCUGCAGCGGGUGUUAUUGCAAUGCCUACCUUUGAUGAAUUGGCCAGAGUCAUGCUGGAGGUGAAGGGUGGUGCCUUGAAGGGUCUUAGGAACUUGGGAUUUCAGUGUGACAGUGUUGAGGAGACGUCUGCAGCACUGUCUGCUGUGGAUAGUGUCCUAAAAGACUUGUUUGAGGAUGCAGAGCUUGCACAGAUGAACUACAGUCUGCUAACCUUGGAGCACUCUCUGUGUAAGGAUGGUAUUCUUGAAGGCUCUGCUUUUGAUGCUGUUUAUUGCCAUUUUGUAGACUUACAUGGAUCGGCAGAAGGUCGUUGGAAUUAA